AUGGCAGCAGCAAUUAUCGAAGCUUCGAAAAAGCACCCCAAGCCGGACCAAGUGUUCUCCUAUGGAACUGCUGGUUUCCGGAUGAAGGCGUUUCUCCUUGACUCGGUCGUCUUCCGUGUUGGCCUCCUGGCUGCACUCCGCUCGCAAAGGCAGGGCGGCAGGACUAUCGGUCUUAUGAUCACUGCCUCCCAUAACGUCCCUGAAGAUAACGGUGUGAAGCUUGUUGACCCCAUGGGUGAAAUGCUUGAUGAAAGAUGGGAGGCACAUGCAGCGACCCUGGCCAAUGCUUCAAGCGACGAGGAUCUUGUGGCUAAGUACGAAGGCCUUAUCACCGAGCUCAAGAUAAACACUUCUGUUCAAGCCAAUGUUAUCUUCGCUAAGGAUACCCGUGAAUCUGGCCCUGCCCUCGUGGCAGCACUUACGGAUGCACUCAAUGCUGUUGGUGCAAAUUUUACAGACUAUGGCCUCUUGACAACACCCCAGUUGCACUACCUUGUUCGUUGUAUUAACACCCAAAACCUGCCCGACACCAAACCAUACGGCGAGCCCACCGAAGAAGGCUAUUACACGAAGAUUGCGGCAGCCUACCGGAAGCUCAUGCAAGGUAAACCCAGACAGGGACAGGUGACGGUAGAUUGCGCCAAUGGUGUUGGGGCACCUAAACUGAAGGCCCUCGCCGAGGCAAUUGGGAAGGAUAUCUUCGAUGUCAAGGUUAUCAAUGAUGCUAUUGAUGUGCCUUCAAAGCUCAAUUCACAGUGUGGUGCCGAUUUUGUCAAAACGCAGCAACGUCUUCCACCUGCCUCUCAGGCCUCCGCACUCGCUCGCUGCGCCUCGCUCGACGGUGAUGCCGACAGAAUUGUCUACUACUUUUGUGACUCUGACGGUAGCUUUCAUCUGCUUGACGGAGACAAGAUCGCUACUCUUGCGGCCUCUUUUAUUGCAGAUCUUGUUAAGGCUGCUGGUUUGGCAGACCUUAGAAUUGGUGUAGUGCAAACUGCGUACGCAAAUGGGUCCUCAACAGCCUACAUUACUAAGACCUUGGGCCUCCCAGUCGUUUGCACUCCAACCGGUGUCAAGCACCUGCAUCAUGCUGCGACCAAAUUUGAUUGUGGUGUCUAUUUUGAAGCAAAUGGUCACGGCACUGUUACUUUCUCCCUCGCGGCGCACAGCGCCAUUGCUAGCCAUUCCCCAGAAUCUCCUGCGCAGGCGACUGCCCUUGAGAACCUGCGAGCCCUCGUCGACCUGAUCAAUGAGACCGUUGGAGAUGCUCUUUCCGAUCUCUUGCUCGUAGAAGUCAUUCUCGCUCAUAAGGGGUGGGGCCCCAAGGAGUGGAACAGUACCUAUACCGACCUCCCCAACAGACUUGUUCGAGUUGAGGUAAAGGACAGGUCAGUAUUCAAGGCGACCGAUGCCGAGAGGAGACUGUUAGAGCCGACAGGUGUUCAGGAAAAGAUUGAUUCUUUGGUUGGGAAAUAUAAACAGGGGAGGAGUUUUGCUAGAGCUUCCGGAACCGAGGAUGCCGUCAGAGUGUACUCAGAAGCUGGAGAGAGAGCCGAAGCAGAUGAGCUGGCAAGGGGGGUGGCAGAUAUCGUUGCGCAAUUUUAA